ACCGCGAGUCCAGCCAUGAAGUUUCGGGCCAAGAUCGUGGACACGGCCUGUCUGAACAACUUCACGCGGGUCAGUAACAUGAUAGCCAAGCUUGCCAAAACCUGCACCCUCCGCAUCAGCCCAGAUAAGCUGAACUUCAUCCUUUUAGAUAAGGUGGCCAACGGAGGCGUGAGCAUGUGGUGUGAACUGGAACAGGAGAACUUCUUCAAUGAAUUUCAAAUGGAAGGAAUAUCAGAAGAAAACAAUGAGAUUUAUAUAGAACUGACUCCAGAAAACUUAUCUCGAGCCUUGAAAACUGCGCAGAACGCCAGAGCCUUGAAAGUCAAGCUGACUAAUAAGCAUUUCCCCUGCCUGACGAUCUCUAUAGAGCUGUUGUCUAUUUCAAGCAGCAGUCGCACUGUGACACAUGACAUCCCCAUAAAAGUUAUUCCUAGAAAGCUGUGGAAGGAUUUACAAGAGCCUACAGUUCCAGAAUCUGAUGUUAGUAUUUACUUACCAGUGCUGAAGACUAUGAAGAGUGUUGUGGAAAAAAUGAAAAAUAUUAGCAAUCACCUUAUAAUUGAAGCAAACCUAAAUGGAGAAUUGAACUUGAAAAUAGAAACUGAAUUGGUGUGUGUUACAACUCAUUUUAAAGAUCUUGGAAGCCCUCCCUUAGCUUCUGAAAGUCCUUCUCAAAGUCGAAACCUGGAAGAAAUGGCUGAAGUACGCAUAGAUAUUAGGAAGUUCCUACAGUUCCUUGCUGGACAGCAAGUAAAUCCUACAAAGGCCUUGUGCAAUAUUGUGAAUAACCGGGUUGUUCAUUUUGAUUUGCUUCAUGAAGAUGUGUCCCUUCAGUAUUUCAUUCCAGCAUUGUCUUAACACCAACCUUGGGCCCCAAAGACCCUUGUUGUGAUGAGAAGAGGAUAUAGGUUCAUGGGUUCUAAGUCAUUUGUCACCAUUCUCAGAGUAAUAUGUUGUACAUGUUCUAACUAAAGAGGGAAUUAAUGAAACAUAGCUGGAUACGCACAUCAUUUCAUAAAACUUCUUUAUUUUCA